AUGGGAGAAGAGAUACUACAAAGAUCUCUUGAUGCUUGCUCAUCCUCUUCAUCUCAAGAUUUUAUCAAACGACGAUCGUUCAAUCACCGUUCUAGAUCGUUUCUGGUACAAAAUUAUUUGGAAUCAGUAUUAUGCAUAUCUCUUCCAAGUAUGAAGAAAUCCGGCCCCCUCUGUGUGAAGGUUAACGAUUUGGUGUAUGUCGCGGACAUUGUUUACAAUAUCAAGCAGAUUCUAGUGAUGGAGAAAAAAAAUCUUGGAAACUGUCAAUGGUAUUUGACCGUCCGAACUCAAUACGUUCUGGUUCAUCAAAGCUUCGAUGUCUGA